AUCCGUGGUACCUCAUCUGCCCCGCGCCUGCGCUCCGCCGCCCGCCGACAGAGACCGCCAGCAGCGCAGCCGGUACCGCCACACUCGAACGCCCGCCCUCGCCGCACACAAGCGCCGCCUGACGCACCAUGUCCCGCAUCGUCUUCUCGCUGCUGCUCGCCGCCGUCUUGGCCGCCGUCGCCGUCAGCGACGGCUCCGCCAUGCCCGCGGACAACCACAGGGUAAAGCGCAUGUCGGACCACCGCGUCGCAGAACUCCAGACUCUGCUGUCGAUGGGCAAAAUGGGCGGCAAAGUCGUCACCCACAAAGUUGGAUACGGCCAAGUGGACCCAAUGAAAGUGGGACGCCGCCGUCGUUCUGACCCACGCAUGCUGUCGCGCCUGCAGCAGCUGCUGCUCAGCGCGGCUGCGGGCGACUCCCACGAGCAGCUCCCGGAGCAGGAGGAGGAGCAGCAGCAGCAGCACCUGCAGCUGCAGCUGGACCCCACCGAGGAGGACGAGCGGCAGGUGCUGCUGCAGCUGCUGGAGGGACAGCGACAGGCGCAGUCGCCGCAGCAGCAGCAGGAGCAGCAGCAGGCGCGGCUGGCGUGGUGGCCCAGGACGCUCACACCACAGCUGUAAGCGAGCGCUCCACACCAUCGCCAGCCGAGCCCACCGGGCAGCUACAACAAGUGGCAGCUGGCUGCCGACCCAACCCGCUCAGCCCUACCGCCCUGCAGCCUUACCGAGCAUCCAGUAGUUGCUAGUUCAGCGGCCAUUUAAUAAUUUAUUGUUCCAGUUAGAAUUCAUAGAAACUGCUGUACAUAAUUACAAUGUAGUCUGUCUGAUGUCAAUCAUCUCAUCUUUAAUUUAUUUAUUUAUUUAAUAAUUUAUUUCAUGUAUGUUAAUUCAUUUAGCCGUAUCUCUGGACAAUAUUCACAUUCCAAUUCUAUGUUCCAUCUAGAAGGCUGUCUGUCCUGUAGGAACAUUAGGUACUACUGUACCUCCUCGUACAAUGGCUACAGCAAAAACUCUAAAAUGUUGGUCUGCAUACAAUAUUUCCACUUAUGCGCUUCAUUUUCUUGUUUUUCACUAGUAGAUUUGUUUCUACUUAAACUUUUUGUCAAUUCCUGCUUGAGAAAUUAUAAAUGUGCUUUUGAUGCAAAGAUAUUUACACAGCUAUCUUUUGCCCUGAAAUGUGAAACAUAAAGCAUGAAGAUACCAGAAAGUAUUAUUACUUUUGUUAAGUUUUGUAUUUUAACUUCACAUGUACCCUUAUAGAACUUGUAAGUCAACGUUGCUGGCUGUGUUUUAUUUAUUUUGACUGUUUCAAAGUUCCUAUUUAUAGUAUUUAUAAAUUGUUUGCAUAAAUGUGAGUCUGUUUUAUUUUGUGAAUACCAUCUGAAGUUUAAUUUAUUUUUAAAUAUUUAUAAAUGUAUUAAUUUAUUUUGUCACAACAUCAGAAUGUCUUGUAGGUUAUUGUGAGUGUGAGUCUUCGUUCAAUAUCUGUUGAC